GGCAACGACGAGCAAGGCGAACUCCUCGUGAUGGGGGUGAUUCGCCAUCGCCCAUCCAGCUGAAAAGACUUUACCUACCUACCUACCUCGAGGCUGUCCUGCGCGCACCUGUCCGCUUUUUUCAACAACAUACAACAGCAGCAACCGCAACCGCCAUGUCCGCGUCCUCGGAACCCCUCCACUCCCUCCUCGACCUCCUGCGCGCCCGCAGCACCGUCGACUGCGACACGCUGGACGCGGCCGUCGCCCACGAGCGCGGCCCCUUUGCCGACUGCACGUCGAACCAGGCGAUUGCGUGCGCCGAGCUGCAGGAGCACCGGCACAAGGAACUGUUGCAACGCGCCGCGACGCUGGCAAAGGAGCUGCAUCCCAAGUACUCGGACGUGGAGCUCAAGACACUGGCGGUCGAGAUUGGGAUGAUCCUCCUCGUCCUCCAAAUCGCGCCGCACCUAACCGGCUUCGUGCACAUCCAAGCCAACCCCUUCGACUCGUACAACGCCGCGCGCACCGUCGCGGGCGCCCAACGCAUCGUCGCGCUGUUCCGCGCCGUCGAGCCGCGCUUCGACACGUCGCGCGUGUGCAUCAAGAUCGCGAGCACGUGGGAGGGCCUGCAGGCGUGCAGGGCGCUGCAGGCCGCCGGCAUCGAGACGCUCGCCACGACGCUGUUCACGCUCGAGCAGGCGGCGCUGGCGGCCGAGGCCGGGUGUCGCUACGUCGCGCCGUAUGUGAACGAGCUCAAGGUGCAUUUUGACAAGAGCUACUGCGACCCGGCCCCCAACCUCGCCCUCUGCGUCCAGACCCAACGCUACCUCCAGCACCACAGCUACCGCACAGCCGUGCUCCCCGCCAGCCUAACCAACAUAACGGAAUGCCUCUCCCUGGCCGGCGUCGCGCACAUCACGGUCCCGCCCGCGCUGCUACGCGAACUGGCCAGCACGCCGGCGCUGGACCCCUCGGCCUUCCCGUCGCUCUUCGACGACGCCAAGCUGGCCAAGCUCGGCAUGCCAGAGAAGCUGGCCUGCGUGCGCGAGGAGAGCGCGUGGCGCAUGGCGUUUACGCGGAGUGGGAAGGGCGUGCAGGAGAAGAAGAUUGUGCAGGCGAUUAAUAUUUUCUGCGAUAUGCAGGGUAAGCUGGAAGAGGUUAUGGGGGCUGUGCUGGGGGGUUCUUGAGAGUGAGAGAGAGGGGCUGGGGGAGGAAAGGCCGUGUAUGAGCCCAAGAGUGGAGGAGCGCCAAUGCCUUUGUAGGAGCAACAAUUGAAACGUCUGAUGAACGUACUCAUGGGCCCAAGGAGAAAGAGAGAGAGAGAGAGAGCGAGAGCGAGAGCAGAGCAGCGAGACCAUAGGUAGAGGAGUACCUAGCCCACCCCUCAGCCCGCGAUAUAUGACGUCAG